CCUCUGUAGGACAGUCGGUGCAGACUGGGGCAUCGGAGGCGAACGGUACAGCUGGGGCCCAGUAGAAAAUCCAGACAAAGCUCAGUCCAUCAUUACGAAAAUAGUAAUGUAUACGUAUAUUUAGUUUUUACCUUAAGGAUUGCCAUAUCGUCGUGAAUGGAUUAUAUCGUAUCGGAAAAGAUCAGUUUUUCGCCCGUGCGGUCGCCUCCAAGGAAAUUUGACCCCCAGCUGCAGGAGGAGCGCUGUCGAGCCGAGCACCAGCGUCAUCCGAUCUGACACCAUAUUCAGUGCGUACCGGCUGAAACUGCAGUAUCACCGCAAGACGCGGACGUAUUUCUACAGGACUUCUCGUUUCUGAUCACAUAAUGGCAGUGUUUAGCUCACAGGUGCUUCUCGCCGUUUCAAGAUCAAGGGGAUCCUAUUUGCUUUCUAAAAGAAAUAGUUGUGCCUCGACCGCAUGUAUACGCUACCACUCCGAGUCUCUCAGACGGGCCGCUCUCACAGCCAGAUACCCCCGGCAAUUGGACCCCUGCUACACUUCCAGUUACAUCCGCUCAGUUGCAGCCGCACGUCCACUCCACAGCUCCUGCACGUGGCUACAGGAGGUGAAAGAUGCAGCUGCUGUAUCUGAUCCAACCAAGGGUGACUCUGUCCCUGCUGCCUCUGGCACUCAACCACCAGCGGUGCCAAAGAAGUCCCUGGGACAGAAAGUCCUAGAUGAACUCAAGCAUUACUAUCAUGGGUUCCGUCUUCUGGGGAUUGACACAAAUAUAGCUGGCAGGAUGGUCUGGAGGUUAUUGCACGGGCAGCAGCUCACCAGGAGAGAGAGGAGAAGGCUGAUGCGGACAUGUGCCGACUUGUUUCGGCUGCUGCCCUUCAUGAUCUUCAUCAUUGUUCCCUUCAUGGAGUUUCUGCUUCCCGUUUUCCUCAAGCUUUUCCCAGAAAUGUUGCCUUCCACUUUUGAGACGGAGUCUAAAAAGGAGGAGAAACAAAAGAAGGGUCUUGCAGCAAAACUGGAGCUGGCCAAGUUCUUGCAGGAGACCAUCGGCGAGAUGGCCAGAAGAAACAAAGCUAAUGUUGGAGAUGAAACACAAAGGUUCUCAACUUACGUACAACAGGUGAGGCACACCGGUGAACAGCCCAAGACUAAAGACAUUGUGAGGUUCUCAAAGCUUUUCGAGGACGAGCUGACGCUGGAGCAUCUGGAGCGGCCGCAGCUGGUAGCGCUGUGCAAACUGCUGGAGUUGCAGCCCAUCGGCACCAACAACCUGCUGCGCUUUCAACUCAUGAUGCAGCUGCGCACCAUCAAGGCCGACGAUGAGAUGAUCUCCACUGAAGGUGUUGCUGCAAUGAAUGUAGCAGAGCUUCAGGGUGCCUGCAGGAGUCGUGGUAUGAGAUCUCUGGGUCUGACCACAGAUCAGCUCAGACAGCAACUUCAACAGUGGCUGGACCUCCACCUAAAAGAAAACAUCCCACCAUCACUUCUGCUGCUCUCUCGUGCUAUGUACCUCACUGAGCUCGCUCCUAAACCCCCCGUCAUCCCACCUGUGCCCAAACUAGAGAAGGCUAUUACUCCUCCUGUGGAGAGCGAAACAUCAGCCAAAGUAAAUCCACAAUCUCUGGAGGUGCUGGUGGACUCUGCUCCUGUCAUCAAAGACAGGAAGUCUGAAGAGUUGCUGGAGAAAUCUAAAGUGUUGGACAUGCCAUCCCCAGAAGCUCAGUUAAUACAUGCUAAAGAAGCAGAAUUAGCACAGAAGUCCAAGAUGAGUGCCAAUGGUUUGUGAGAGAGGAGCUCCUGAUCACCACAGUAAACCUCAUUCUGUCAGGAAAAGAGGGUAGAGGAUCUAGUUUGGUCUUUUCCUUCGCUGUUGCUGUUUGUGCUGGGGAUCUCUCUUACAGUCCUGGAAUUCACAGGCCGUCAUCCCACUUCUGUAUGUCACCUGCAACCACAGAAAAGAAACCGUUCGCUGGGACAUGAUGGAUACUACAAAGCAACCAUCACAUUCUCAUAAAUGGAAAGACAUUGGUUUGUCUUGAGACUUAAAAAACUAUUUGGGUGAAAUGUCUCACCCCUUACACUCCAAUCCAACACGCUUGACACGGUUACGGCCAUUUUGGAUUUGUUACCUCGCUUGGAUUUGACAAAAUCUGUAGAUUUGUAAGGAAAAAGUGUUGAUAAUCAGUCUGACCUGAAAAUGUGUAAGGAACUCAGACCUGCAUUUUUUUGUUUGUUGCUAAACUUCAUGGUGUAAAUUUGUAAAUAAAUUGUAAAAUAUACCUGCAUAUUAUUUAGAAAAGUGCUGAUGAGUGUUGGUCUAAGACGUCAUUAUUUUAUUACAGUGAAUGUGUACGCUAGCGUUCUUGAUUUAGUUUGGCAGAUAAAUUGUUAAUGGCCCAAUAUGUAUUUUUUUGCUCAAAUUCUCUUGGACAAGAGAAUAUUUCAUUCACUCCUUCAGGAGAUGUAAUGGUGUAGCAGUUACGCCACACCUGCCUAUGGCAGACUCUUCAGUUUGGCACAAAUGAAAUAUUUAGGUCAUUAUAAAUAUACGUUUUCCUUAGCGGAAAUACUAAAGUUUACGUUUCAUCAGUGAAAGUCCCCAAAUGUAUGAUUUGUAUAAAAUUUUGAUGAUUUUGUUUCACUUUGCGCUGGCUAAACCACUGGCAAAUAAAUAUAUAAUAUGGAAAUAAGUUACUUUUAUAAACAUUGAUGAAUCCCACAGAUGUUUAGUUUGUAUUACCCUAACCCAACUGUAUCUUAAACCGAAUUUGUGACCACCUCAGAUUUGUUGGUGCCCUUUUUUCAUGCAUGUUUGACAGUUAAUGAAAUAUGAAAGCUGUAUCUUUGACUACAGUCAAGAAAUCAUGGUGCUUACAGCUUUAGUUUAUGUAUUAAUUUUUGAAUUACACAUCUUCAUAUUUUAAUUUAACUUUUCCUCAUUUUUAUCAAAUUGACCAUUGUUCAAUUUGAAAAUAUGUCCUGGUAAACUUCAUAAUUAUUUUAUUUCUCAAAUUUGAGGAUAGCCAGUUUAUCUUUGUGAAUUUAAAUACAGACCUUAGAAAUUGUACAAUUGGUAAUUAUUACCACAAUUUCUGUUUUACAGUAUGCGCUAAAUUUACUAAAAUAUUGUACUUCUUUCAAUGUGAAAAAGUUAACAACACCUGGUAUUUUGACUGUACGCCCGAAUGCUGUUCAGUUGUUUAUUUGAGACCUUCAGUGUUCUUUUUCUUCAUUUUGAUCUAAAAAUCAAUUUAAAGAAGCUGUUACUCCUGCAUUCCUCAGAUACGUUGUUGAGUGGAGUAUUAGAUUUGGGAUUACACUGCUUAUAUACCAUUUUGGUAGUACUGUACACAUAGCAUGAGGUUGGUCAUAAGACUCCUUAAUCUCUGUGUCCUGUGAAACAGCCUAACUGGUUUAAAGCUUUGAUCAUUCUGUACACUUUUUGGGUGAUCAUCAGUAAAACCCCUUGUUUGUGUAAAGAUGAUGUGCAGUCAUUUUUUACACCCAUAGCUUUAAUGCUGAGGAGUUUAAAAAAUGUAUGGCAUUAUCUUUGAGAAAUAAGUUGUUUUUUUCUUUUUAACACAAUAAUUGUUUCUUGACUGGAAAAGUGCAUAAUAAAAACAGGCAACCGUUUAUAUGUUAGCCUAUAUAAA